CGCUGCCGCUGCGCACACGCGGGAGGCUGCCGGCUCCCUCCCGGCGGCUGCGGGGCUCCGCGGGAACAAAAUGCUAUUUGCAUGGAUUGUGCCUGCAGCAAUUUGGUUCUUGGUGCACUUCAUGACAGAAGCGUGCAGCAAAGGGAACGUGCCUGCUCGCAAACUUCCCCGUGGCGCCGCAGAAAUAUGCGACAAAGGGAACAUGACCGCUGACACCGCUUCUCACGUCCGGCCUGGAACCAGCAUCACCCUCUCCUGCCAGCUGAAAGCCCUGCGAUACGCUGAGCAGUGCAGGAUAGCUAUUUUCUUUAACAGCUCUGAACUAAUUAGCAAUUACGGCAGUUCAGUAAGCACCAAGUUUCUAGUCCAUACACACGGCAAACACAUGUUUACGUGCAAAAUAGUUUGUGAAUACAAGAAAAAACUCAUUUGUGGAAUCGAUAUAGAAUCUGGAAGUCCUCCAGAUGAGCCGAGAAACGUGUCGUGUAUCCAGUACGGGACAGACGGCCACCCCACCUGCACCUGGGAGAAAGGCAGGCUCACCUACAUCAACACUACCUAUGCAAUAAAGCUAUCAAACGGGACAGAUGUCUUCUGCGUUUCAGAAGAGAGCCUGAAUAAGAAGUUUGGCUCGCUGGCUCUGAGCAAGUUGAAUUUUGACUCUACUUACACCGUUGUGGUUGCUGCCUCCAAUGAGCUCGGAAGUGCUUUUUCACAGCCGCUCGUGUUCACGUUAAUAGACAUAGUGAAACCACAUCCUCCCAACUUUUUAGUGGAAUUUGAAAAUUCUUCUGCGACCAAUUGCACCUUUUUUUGGCACGAUAAAGCGCAAGCGCAGCACUGCAGGCUGAGAUACCGUCCACUUGCCCGGCGCACCUGGAGCACGGUUGAAAGCUUAAAUAGCGAGAAAUGCAGUCUUUACGGUCUGGAGCCUCAUACAGCCUACGAGUUUCAGGUCAGCUGUAAAAUUCACCCCGAGCGAGGACUGUGGAGCAACUGGCGCACGUACCGAACCCGGACACCAGAAGCAGCGCCGACCGGGCUCCUGGACGUCUGGUACCGACAGCAGGACGUGGGGUCUCGGCAGCAGAACAUCUCUCUGUUUUGGAAGGCUUUGAGCAAUUCGGAGGCGAGAGGAAGAAUCCUGCGGUACACCGUGACCUUCGAAGCCCUGGGCCAGCGGAGCCCCCCGGCAGGAGAAGCACACCUUACCACCCAAACCAGCUACGCCAGAGUCACGCCCAGGGUGGGCUACAAGAUAACGGUGACCGCCGAGAAUUCGAGGGGCAGGUCCCCCCCUGCAUCCGUCGUCACCGAGCUGGGCGCCCAAGACCUACCUCCUCCUCAGAAGGUCUCUGCCGUAGCCAUGGGAAACGGCAGCAUCUUCGUCAGCUGGAAACCGCCCGCCAGACCAACCGCGUCCAUCAGCGGAUACGUGGUGGAGUGGGCAGACAGCCAGGGGACCACGCGCCUGGAGCCCCAGCCAGCCUGGGUGAAGCUUCCAGCAUCCAACCUGUCCACGGUGAUAGCAGAGCACAUAAAAGAUAACGUGUGCUACCAGAUCAGCGUAUUUGCACUCUAUCGGGACAGAGCUGGACAAGUAGCGUCGGUUAGGGGAUACUCAAGAGCAGAAGCACCAUCAGCCGGGCCCCAGAUGCGUACAACACCACGGGCAAACGGCGUCCUGGUUUCAUGGGAAGCAAUCCCUGCCCACCAGCAAAGGGGCUGCAUCACGGGGUACCGUAUAUACCUGCGGAAAAAGGACGGGGAGGCAGCGCCGGACGUCUACGCCGUUUCCAACGCGACUGCCGAGCGUUCGAUGUACGUCACGCCGCUGCAGCCCGGCGAGCACUACGCCCUGUGGAUGACGGCAUCGACGGCCGCUGGAGAGGGGCCCUGGGGCAACCGUGAGCUCGUCUGCUUGGAAAGUGCUGGGGACUGGAUGACUGUUGUGCUUACCUGCAGCUUCUUCAUCUUCUCAGCCUGCGUUUGUUCCGUGCCUCCGGCAAGAAAAGCGUUACACUUGCUCCUCUCUGCCCUGGUGCCGCAGUGGCAGAGCAAAGCCAUUCCGGACCCAGCUAACGCUACGUGGGUGAAGAACUACCUGUCCAUGAAGGCCGAGCUGAGCUUGCCCUCCAGCCUGUUCCUGCACAGCGCCGGCAGCUUUGAAGAGCCCAAACCAACAGAAGUAGAGGAAACCUUCGUGAAGGCAGACCCCCUGGCCCUCCGGGACAAGCUGCUCUUCAGCAGCGUUGGCAGCAGAGGAAACGGCCAGUGGCCGCCGGAGAGCGGCUCGGGGCAGGAGGAGCCGGAGUACAAGGCUCUGCCCAGCACGACGGACGGAGAGGUUUACGAGCAGCAGCUUCCCGACCUCUACAAGAGGAUAGUGGUGGAGGUGAUGGAGCACACGCAGACCGUUUCCGAGUACAUCGCCAACCCCGUCACCGACACAGCCGCCCCGUACCUACCCCUGGUGACGGGCACCACCGAAGAUCACCCCGAACUCGAGUGCAACCCCCUCUCUGUCUUCCCAACAACUUUUUUGACACCCCUGCUUUCCUACGAAGGGAAUCUUACUUUGGAUACGGUGAAAAUAAACUGCAGCUCUUUCACGAGGUAGCCGUCAGGGUGAUGUAAGCCUGGCCUGAUCGUUUGCACUUUACUAAAGUCACUCGCCUUCCAGCAGAGCCACCCAGCAACUUGCACGUGACACCUUGAAGUGAUAAAAACCCAACUGACAAACCUUCGCAGCGCGGCAGCUCACACCGCGCUGUACAGCACGGCAGCUCCUCGGCCACCCGGCACGCUCAGGGAGAAUUAAAGGCAGAAGAUCAGGAAUGCCAGGGCUGCAUGACCCAGCUUGUGGAGACGAUAACGACUCGUUGAGGUGCCUUCAUGCAGCUUGGGUUGCCUCAGGGCCCUGUCCCACUGCCUGACCACCAGUGGCUCAGCGUGGCUUGGUGGACCCCAGCAAUCAGAGCUGUGCCAACCAUCGUUUCAACCAUCCAAAGAGCGAGGAGUUAUGCCAGGUCAGACCUCAGCAUCCCGGCCCCAGCAGGACCACGGCUGCAGCCCUCGCCUCUCCAGCUGUGCACAGCUGGUUAGCGAUGCCGCAUGGGGACUUCUGCAUCCGCUGGUGAUGAAUUCCCAUGGCGUUCCUCACCGCAGCCCCGAUCCUGGCACCGAGUCACGCUGUCCCCAGUGACACUGGUGCUCCAGCCCACGUGGGUACCGAGGGACACGAUGCAGCAGUUCAGGAGAAAUCCUCACCAGAAAUAAAAGCAGGAGGCAGCGCAUCUGCGUAGUGAGUCAAAUGGACUGGUGAGAAGAAUUUAAAUCAUUUAUUGAAGUAUUCUAAUUACAGGUUUGAAGUAUGUGUUACACAUGUAAUGACUUUGUUUACUAUAUGUGCAUGUAUAUAAAUAAAGUGUUGGAAACCUGAGAUUUGUUUCCUGUCGUUUCCUCCGGUCAGGCUCAAAUGUUAGGCUGCAGCUGCACACAGAAUAAAGUGUCUUUAAAAAAAUAAACCUAAAGUAUUGCUGCCAGAGACGAGGCAGUCCAGAUCUGAACUUACCUGGAGCAUCCUCCUCCUGCCCAGGAUCAGGUGGCUGCUCUCCAUCCGCAGCCGGCUACACGAGCGGCCGAGCAGCAGCGUGAUCUGGUG